AUGUCUGGAGAGAAGCCUGACCUGACCAGCAGGGCUGCUUCCCCCAAGCCCCUGCCCUCACACCCACCCCCAGACUAUGAUGAGAGAAGCCACCUGCAUGAUGCCUUCACCCAGAUGACCCACUCCCUCCAGGACAUGGCCACCGCCCAAGGGUCAUUUGAGGUUGCCUUCCCUGAUGCAGCAGAGAAAAUGCGGAAGGUCAUUAUACAGCUUAAAGAAGUGCAGGCCUGCAUCCCUCCUUGCGGACUCCAGGAGGUCGCCCGGCGUUUCCGGUGCCGCGGCUGCUACUCCACCGUCUGCGACCUCCCGCUGGACUGCCCAGUUCAAGACGUGACGGUGAUUCGGGGUGAUCAGGCUAUGUUCUCUUGCACGGUGAACUUCCAGCUGCCUAAGGAGGAGAUCAUGUAUUCCUGGAAGUUCGCAGGAGGAGGUCUCCGGACUCAGGACCUGUCCUACUUCCGAGAGAUGCCGCGGGCCCAAGGGUACCUGGCGCGGAUCCGGCCCGUGCAGCCGACUCACCGCGGGACCUUCUCCUGCGUGAUCACGCACGACCAGCGCCCCGUGGCGCGACUCUACUUCUUUCUUAACGUGACCGGUCCGCCCCCGCGCGGGGAGAGUGAACUCCAGGUCUCCUUUCGGGAAGUGCUGCAGUGGGCACCGUGGGAGGUGGAGAUGAUCGAACCCUGGAGGCCGAGCCUGGGCGAGCUGCUGGCCAGGCCUGAGGCUCUGACGCCUAGCAACCAGUGCCUGCUCGCGGCCAUUGCGGCCUUAGCAUCAGCCAGUGUGACUUUACUGGCGUGGUGAGUACUCAGAACACCGAGUUCCAGCAUCUAACCCUCCUCCCUC